GCGGCGGGGACGGGGAUUUCAAAACAAGCUGCGGCGGGCGGAGGAGGGCGGGGGCAGGCGGGAGCCGCGCCGGAGUGUGUCCGAGAUGGCGAGUGUGCUGUCCAGGCGCCUGGGGAAGCGCUCCCUGCUAGGCACGCGUGUCUCUGCCCCUGGUGCCUUGGCCGACGGGGUGCUGGUGGCCACCCAGAUCCCCAGCUUUCAGCCCGACCUCAGCCAGGCGUCAGCCCACGCGGUGGCACGAGAGGAUGGAGCCCAUGUGCCAUCUGCAGAGGAGAGCAGCCAGGCACUCAGGUUCCCCAGCCCUGGUCCCCAGCAGCAGGUCCUCGUCACCUACAAUGGACAGGAGGGUGCUGGCCUUGUGGAGCAGCACAACGCUCUGUGCGACAAGGUGAAGGUGCUGCUGCCCGAGCAGGACCCGCAGGCGUGCUGGAGGGCACAGGACAUGCAGCAGGCCCCGCUCCAGCCUCCAGCUCCACUCCAGCCUCUCUCCCUGCCCACAGCCAGCGGGCCCAGCCCCGCCGAGGCUCUGCACAGAUCCGUAUCCAGCAAUAUCGAUGUUCCCAAGAGGAAAGCUGACGCCGCUGUGGAGAUGGAUGAGAUGGUGGCAGCCAUGGUGCUGACCAGCCUCUCCUGCAGCCCUGUGGUGCAGAGCCCUCCUGCCAGUGAGAGCGGCAUCCACCCCUCACGGGUGGCCUGCGAUCCCUGGAAGGAGAGCGGUGACGUGUCUGACAGCGGCAGCAGCACCACCAGCGGGCACUGGAGUGGGGGCAGCGACAUCUCCACCCCUUCGCCCCCACACCCUGCCGGCAGCCCCAAGUAUUCGAGUGAGGCCCUGAGCUCCCCACAGCUGGACGACGGCUUCGAGACCGACUCUGACCCCUUUCUCCUCGAUGAACCUGCUCCACGCAAGAGAAAGAACUCGGUGAAGGUGAUGUACAAGUGCCUGUGGCCAAGCUGCGGCAAGGUCCUGCGCUCCAUCGUCGGCAUCAAGCGGCAUGUCAAGACCCAGCACCUCGGGGACCGCGCAGACUCUGACCAGCGGAAACGGGAAGAGGAUUUCUACUACACCGAAGUGCAGGUGAAGGAAGAGCCGGCGCCGGAGGCGGCCGCCGCCACCAGCCCCACGUCUGUCUCCGCCCCCAUCAUCAUCCAGCAAGCGCUGGCGAAGCCCGAGGCGCUGGUGGUGGAGCAGCCGGUGCUGGAGCCUGCCCUGGCCAGCAGCGCCCUCAGCCAGUCCGCCCCCGGCUCCUUCUGGCACAUCCAAGCUGAUCACGCCUACCAGGCAUUGCCCUCAAUCCAAAUUCCAGUGUCUCCCCACAUCUUCACCAGCAUCAGCUGGGCCACUGCCACCUCGACCCUCCCAUCCUUGUCACCGGUUCGGAGCCGCUCACUCAGCUUCAGCGACCCGCAGCCCCCGACGCCGCUGCUCAAGUCCCACCUGAUUGUCACCUCUCCACCCAGGGUGUCCGUGGGCGCCAGGAAAGUCCGUGGUGAAGCCAAAAAGUGCCGUAAGGUGUAUGGCAUCGAGCACCGGGACCAGUGGUGCACGGCUUGCCGGUGGAAAAAAGCCUGUCAGCGUUUCCUGGACUGAGCGCAGCACCGCGGUGCCGCCACCUUCCCCUGCUCCCGCCUGGGGAGCACCCGAAUCCCUCACUGCUGCAACCAGGGACCUCGGAGGUACCUCCUGGCACCCCAGAAGACGCCUCCAGAGCUGCGUGUAAAUUCCUCCUUCUGUAUAUUGUACAUCUUGAUGGGUUUGCCCUUUUUUUGUAAGAAAAAACACUUUUUUCUGCUAUUUUUUGGUUUUUUUAAAGAACCUGAAGAAUAAUUUCCCUUUGUACAGCAAAAGCUGGGGCUGGGAGGGAGGGAGGGACAGGCUGGUUCCUCAGAGUCUGGAGGAGAUUGUAGGUGAUCUGGAGACCAAAAGAGCUUCCUGCACUUUCCCAAAUCAGCCCUAAAAUCUCCCACACUGUGGCUGGGGUGAGGCGUGGCACAGCUUUCCCUGCUCCCGUGAACUACCUAGAAAGUGCAAAGCCCUCGUGGCCUUUGAGGCAGGGGAGGCAGUGACCGCUACAGCUUUAAAAAAGAAGAAUGCCGGUGGGUUGCUGCGAGCAGGGCAGACAUCAGGGGUUUCUCUCCUCACAGGGAUGUGUCUUUGCUCAUGAUGUUUUUGGAGGCAUUUGAGGGCCGAAAGAAAUCCUAAUCAGGGAAAAGUGAGGAGAAUUUUUAAGGUGUAACCUGUAGCUCCUUCUCAUUUUAGGCUUUGUGAGUCUGCUUAGCUCCGUAACGAGUCCACAUCAUGGCCCUCACUGUGUCUUUCAAAACUAGGCUUGAGCAGUUUUGUUUCUCUCCUCAUGAAUGAUUCCACUAGCUGGGAGGACUGGGAAGGCUUUCCCUUAGGUUCACCUGAUUCAGCAAAACACUUCCCCCGUUGCUUUUGAAUCCCAACAAGCCAGGUGGGAGUCAGUUUUCUGACUUCCAACCUUUAAAAAUCUAUCUUUACCCAACCCAGAUUGCUGCUGGUUUCUUGUCAUGGCUCUCCCACCUACACCAACGUGGCCGGCGAUGGGACGGGCAGCAGGAUUGCCGUUCACCCUCUCUCCACUCAUGUGGAUUUGUAGUAUUUUACUUUGCUCUGUUUCUGGCAAUCCUGGGCAAUAACCCCCCACCAUCCAUCUGACAGCAAUCCCUGCAGGCAGUUUGAGCCCGCUGUGUUUUUAAAGACCCAAAUUUCCUUAUAAAUACAAAACAAGUGUUUGGGAGAGUCUGAUCCUGCUCCCCAAUCACUGCCAGCCUGAAGGGAUAAGGUGGGCAGACAGAGCAACUUGAGAUAUGUUAUCUAAUGGUUCCUUUGUAAUGAUGAAUCGUCCCACAACCUGAAUGUCUCUCUGCCAUCCGACUGGUGGUUGCAAAAUUUGGCAGCUAGAAAGGAAGAGCAGAGUGGAACCUGCAGGGUUACAUCCCCAGGUGGAUCUGGGCAGCUCCUGGGGCUCAGAUCCUGGGGAAGAGGAGAGAUGUUGCUCCUGGAGAGCCUCUGGCUCAGGCUCCAGUCCCCAUUGGAGCGUGGCGUUAGGACUGAACUGUCUGGAACAGCCCUUUCCCUUCCUGCUGCUGUUGGAGACUCUUUGCCACGCUCCAGGGUUGAGCAUUUUCUUGCCAGAACACUUUCCCAGAGCAUGUCAGGUUCUGCAUCCGCAGCCCUGUACCAGUGGAACCGUGGGGGGAGUUGUUGCAGUGCUUGGUGUCUGUCCUGCUUCUUCCCUUCCUUUCAGGGCCCCAUGGUGCUGGCUUUUCAGUGAUGCUGGAGUUGCUGGGGGCUUUGGGAAGCCCAGCAGCCGCUCACUGCAUUCUGAUCUUAAAAGUAAUUCUGCAAAACUGAGGCUGGAAGCAGCACCCAGGGCAUGGAAGGAGAAGGAAAAAAACCAAAGGGUGAAUUUGUGUUUUCCUCAGACCUUGUGCCUUUCCCUCACCCCAACUCGGAGAGAUGCUGGCAAGACUGGAGAGUUUAAUUGUUCCUUUUUAAACCCUUUCUGCCUCAAGGAGCAUAGUGCAGUGCUAGAUCUGGAUCAAUCACUCAGGAAUUGUCAAAGCAAGCCAUGUGGGGUGCAGCAUCAUCCCAGCCCCAAGGGGGUUCAUUCCAUAAAUGGGAUCCAUUCCCCAAAACCAGGGUGUGGCAGCAGACCCUCACAUCAGGGUUUUCGCUGGUGGGAGCUCAGGUGUUGGAAAAACAAAACAAAAAGAACUUUAAGCAGAGAGAUGCUUUUUAUUUUAUAAAGAAAAGGCAGAAGAAAGGUGUUUGAUGGCUUUGGAACACACAGGAGUGCAGCAUCCCUGUGUGGGAUGGGCUAGGGGGAUGUCCCCCUCAGUAAAUGAGGGGAACACGGCCCCUCUGGCCCUACAGCACUUGCAGGUGGUGGGAUGGGGUCUGCCCUCCUAGGAGUGUUUUAUAUUGGGGGUAGAGGCACAACCAGCUGCUUGGCCAAGGGCUUUUGCGGUACGAACUUGCUCGGGACAGGGUUGUCCUCCUGCUCUGGGCUCUUUUCUCUUGUUAUUUUUUAAUGGAGGAACUGAUGCAAGGUGGGUUGGAAUUUUUGGUUGGGGUGUAUUUUGGAACAUUUUCCACCUUUAAAACAGAAAACCUCGUGUUUUUGCAGAAAUGACAGCAGGUUCCCGCCCUGUCAUGUUGGGUUGAUUGGUAUUGGAUACACAUACAUAUAAAUAUAUAUAUUUUUCUCCAUUCCCUAUUUUUUCCCUUUCCUAUUAUUUUUUAACUCACUUCCAACUGCCUCCUGACUGUCAGACUUUUCCUCUCAGACACUUGACAAGAAAACUCCUCUUCAACCCCGACCUGUAAAUCCAUCUCGGAGAGUUUUCCCUCCAACACCCGCUGUCUCCUGGCACGUGUAUAUGUAUGUACAUAGGAACCAAUUAAUUGGGCACUAAGUAAUUAGGAGCUGCUCCUCACCUUCCCCUUUCCCCCCCCCAGGCUUUUUCCAGCCCAUCCCAUAAGACAAAAGCAGUCGGUUUACUGCAGGGUAACCCCCAAGAGACUUUUUGGGGGAGUGGUUGGGGAAGGGUUUGGGGGACACCUGUCACAGUGGCCGUGCCCCUGUGGGGCCAUUGGUCACCCGACUGAGCGGUGACAAUGCCAUUAUCAAGUGAAAUUGUUACUCUUUUUGUCUUGUUGAAGCUUUUUCUCAGCUGUCUUCCGAGUAUUAUUUUAUUGUAAAAAAAAACCCCAAACAAACAAAAAGGAGAAAAAAAAAGUUAUGAGAUUUUAAAAAAAUGUGAAAUGUUAAAUUUUU